CAACAGCCAAACCACCCCUUGCUCGCCAACCGAGUACAGAGUUUCUUCCUGGUCAGUUUUCGAUUGUGGCUGUUGCUUAUCGACGCCAUGACUCCUUUUCAUGUCUCGAUACGGAGUUGGGCGGUGAAGUAGGAAGUUCGACAGAUUCGGAAGGAUCGUACUCACGGAAUUCCGUCUUCAACCAACGAUUGCCACGCCGUGUUGCUCAGCUCUGUCCCACCGUGAUACUGCGCAACACCGGUCUGUUGGCUUCCCAGUUCUCACCGAACCUAUCCGUCUCGUCGGUCAAAUCUUGACUUGCUGAGACGACAGCGGCGAACCUGGGGGCUGCUCCUCAUAAAGUAGGGGAAGAUUAACGGCUCGAGAGUAGGCUCGCGCGAGGGAUCGGUCUUUGCGCGCUGGCCCACCGUCCUUGUCCGCAGUUGCCAUGGCUACACAAGGUCAGAAACACUUCGCGGCCACCAUCCUCCGGCAGUUCGGUCGACGCAGUGUCGGAGAGCUGACAGCUUGUCAACAAUGCCGACCCCUGCCUCGCCGCCUACACGUAAGCGUUCCUCGAGCUUCGACAACAGGUAUACGGGGGGCAUCGACAUCCAUGCUGCCAAAACCACCAAGGCGGCAUUUCCAGGCACGAGCAGCCCCAGUCAGCCUGCUUGUUGGCAGCGGUCUUGUCGCCUCGUUUCUGGCCUACUCUCAACUUGGCGAGGACGUCCUCAAGUUCGAACCCGCGCCGCCCCGCGCCCCGACCGACGACCGUGAUCCCUCCCUCCCCAGGUACCGGCUUGCUGACAUUCGCAAACACGAUGCCUCCUCACCCGAACCAUGGGUUACCUUCGAGGACAAAGUCUACAAUAUCACAGAUUGGGUGGCGGCGCACCCUGGCGGCGAUGUCAUCCUCCGCGCGGCCGGCGCAAGUGUUGAGCCGUACUGGAACAUUUUUAGCAUACACAAGGCGCCACACGUGCGCGAGAUCCUGCAGCAAUACCUGAUUGGGUUCAUCGACGUCGCGGACUUGGGGCCUGAUGGAAUGCCGCCGGCCGAGACCAUCGAGGACCCUUUCGUGAACGACCCUGUGCGUGACCCCCGCCUCAUUACACAUACGGCCAAGCCGCGGAACGCUGAACCGCCCCACGAGGAGCUCGACCGCACGUUUCUAACCCCUAACGAGCUGUUCUACAUCCGACACCACAUGUGGGUGCCUGUGGUGGACGAGGCGAAAGCAGGCGGUCAUCGCUUAACCAUUGAGCUGCCGGACGGCGAUAUCAAGGAAUACACCCUGGAAGACCUCAAGACGAGGUUCCCGAUACACAAGGUCACUGCAGUCCUGCAAUGUAGCGGGAACAGGCGGAACGAUAUGACGCGACACGCUGGCAAGACGAAUGGAUUGCAAUGGGGUGUAGGGGCCAUCAGCAAUGCCGAAUGGGAAGGAGUGCGGCUCUCGGAUGUCCUCGCUGAUGCCGGACUCAAGGUGCGCGAUCCUACGUUGCCUACGCGAAAAGGAGGCCCGGACAAACCAAGCGAUGUUGAGGUCGACGCCAACGAUCUCCACGUUCAGUUUACCGGACUUGAAGCUUACGGCGCCUCCAUUCCGCUCGCCAAGGCCGUUGAUCCCCGGGGCGACGUGCUUUUGGCCUUUGGCAUGAACGGCGAGACGCUGCCCCGAGACCACGGCUUUCCUCUUCGGGCCGUCGUGCCCGGACACGUUGCCGCGCGCUCAGUGAAGUGGCUCAGUAAGAUUGUCAUUUCGGACGAAGAGAGCACCAGUCAGUGGCAACGCCGCGACUACAAAUCGUUCGGUCCUAACGAGGGCGCGAACCCGGACUGGGAUCGCGCUCUCGCCAUCCAAGAAAUGCCCGUGACCAGCGCCAUCACGAACGUCUGGGUUGGGGACGACGUGCUGAGAGGCCGCGUCCCAUGGAUGGGCAGCAGCAGCCGCAGCAGCAACAGCAAUUCGACGACCAUCCGCCAACCGAGCGACCAGACGAGCCGCAUCGCCGAUAUGGCCGCCAUCCCCAAAAGAAUAGGCUUCACCCCAAAGCAUUCCCUCUCCUCCCCCGAAGCCUCCUGCCCCGCCACCACGCCUGCUGAUGAGCCCAUCGCCCUGCACGGCUACGCUUACUCAGGCGGCGGCCGCCCCAUCGCCCGCGUCGACGUGUCCCUGGACGGCGGCAAAACCUGGGAUCAAGCCGAGCUAGUGAACGACUGCGCCCAAUCAGGCGGCACCUAUCCCUGCUUCGGCAACAAGGCCUGGGCGUGGAAGCGCUGGCGCUACGUCGGCAAGCUGCCCGUCUUAUCUCUCCCUUCGUCUUUCCCCUCCGACCAAGAUAAAUCAGCCUCAUCGGCCGCCGAACCAGCGGGAUGCCACGACCGGAGGAGCGGGGCGGGGGCCAAACAACAAAAACACUGCACCACCCUCGUCGUCAAGGCGACCGACGACGCGUAUAAUACCCAGCCGGAGAGCCACAAGGGGAUAUACAACGUGCGCGGCAACCUUGCCACGGCGUGGCAUCGGGUGAAGAUUUGUCCACGAUGUACUGAUAAUGGGGAUGGGAAGGGCCUGACGUGGUCGACGGGGGAGACAUAUGGGUGUGGGUUCCGCAGGGAGGCGGAGGAGGUGCGGGAAGGGAUGAAGAGGCAGGACGCUGUGCCGGGGGGGUGUGGGGUGAAGGAUAGCGCGUGACAAGGUAAUUAUGCUUGCAUAGGUCUCUGUUCGACUGUCUGGCUGUCUAACUGUCUGACGGCGAUCUAUUUGGUCUGUGUGCUCUUCUUGUAUCGAUCAGCAGGCUUCGGAAAGCGAAUGGUGUCGUUAGAGCAUGGCGUAUAGCUUUGGAUAGUUAGUAUAACUACUGUAUGUAAUGUACCCGUCGCAGGUCUGCAGUUCACCAUAGGGCCCCACCCCACCGGCAUCUA